AUCUCAAAUCCCAUCGACUUUCCCACUAUAAUCAGCUGUUUGUUUGCACGUUCUGCAUAAUCACUUGUACUUUAUAACAAUCUUUUUCACCGGAAGUAAUGGCACAAUACGGAGGAGAGCAAUACGGUCAUGAGGAGGGUCAGCAAGCCCACAACCCACUGCAGUCAACAGCCGUAGGUCAUGAUGAAGAUACCGAAGCUACAAAAAUUAACACCAUCGGAACGGGAGCUGCUCAUGGUGACGUCCAUGAACAAGGGAAACAUAAUGGCGCCGGUGCCGGGGGAAUCCUCCACCUUUCCGGCAGUGGCAAUUCCAGCUCUUCGGAGGAUGAUGGUGAGGGAGGACGAAGGAAGAAGAAAGGUGUGGUUGAGAAGAUCAAGGAGAAGCUGCCUGGUGGAGAUGAGCAGGACGCUUCAACCACAACCACCGUUGAAACCGGUGGUGGCGUUGGAUAUGAGGGGGAGGAUGAAGGGCAUGAGAAAAAGGGACUGAUGGAGCAAAUAAAGGAGAAGUUAUCAGGGAGUCAGCAGUAAUUGUUUGAUUGUCUACAUGUAUAAUUAAUCAUGUAUGAUGCAUGUAUUUAUGUAUGUAUGUAUACACGAUAUAGUAGAUACAAUAAUCUGCCUUGUGGGUUUGGUGUGUGAGUGAUACACAAGGCAUGCAGCUGGGGAUAUAUGGUUUUGUAUGUUUGGUUCCUGAUUUGUAAUAUUAU